CGCCCGCUGGGGGCUGGAGACGUGUUUCACGAAGCAGAGUCCUUGCAUUGGCAGGCUGAUGAUGACACGUGCCUCCUCUUUGCCACCCCCAGGCUCAAGCGUACCGCAUUGGCAUCAGUAACGACCAAGGAAAACCAACUGUGGAAGCGCUGCUGCAACCGUCAUUAUCAAUAAACCAACUCAAUAUUAGAAAUUGCAACGCGCAAUUUAGAGUAAUCCUCUGCGUAAUAAAUUGUUUUCCUUCAGAAAAAUCGUGAAUCAAGAUCGGACGUUUUCGUCGAGCUAAAGAAGAGAGUGAGUUAACAAGAUGCAGAGACGAAGCGCCAACGUCUGAAGGUGACAUGAACCUGGGGAUGAUCAAGCAGUGGAGAUAGCAACUGAACAACCAUCAGGGCUUUAUAAAACCACCGUUUGUACCAUAGCCUCGUUUUAUUCAUGUACAGAAACAGAUCUGCAAAAUAAAGUUGUUGGCUAUUUAUUGUAUUUGAAUUAGAAAAGAACCGUCACCGACCGGUACAACAGACAGAGGAAGCAACAAUGGCACAUUUAAUCCGAAGCAAGUUUCAAAAUAAACUGUCAAAUGCGGCAACUUCCAUGUCGAAUAAAUCCACUGCGAAGGUGAGCGGGAUGAUGGCCAGGAUGGGCUUCCAGGCCGCCACAGACGAGGAGGGACUGGGAUUCGCCGCCUGCGAUGAUUUGGAUUACGACCACCGGCAAGGACUGCAGAUGGACAUCAUGAAAUCGGAUGAAAUGGGUGGUGGAGACGCUGGAGAAGGGAGUGGAGAGGGUGGGAUGGGUGGAGGAGAAGACGGUAUGGCGGCUGGGGACAGCCACUACCAGAGAGAUGGCACCGGCCCCCCGCCCUCCGGUUCUAAAGCCUCAGGUCUGGGCGAAGAAGAGAAAUCACCAAAAAUCACCGCUUGGGAAGCGGGCUGGAACGUCACGAAUGCAAUCCAGGGGAUGUUCGUUCUGGGUUUACCAUACGCCAUUCUCCACGGGGGCUACCUCGGACUGUUUCUCAUUAUUUUCGCCGCCGUGGUGUGUUGCUACACGGGGAAAAUUCUCAUCGCCUGCCUGUACGAGGAGGACGAAGACGGCCAACUGGUGCGUGUGAGGGACACAUACGUGGACAUAGCCAACGCGUGUUGUCAGCCGAGGUUUCCAUCUUUAGGUGGUCAUAUCGUGAAUGUAGCCCAGAUCAUUGAGCUGGUGAUGACGUGUAUCCUGUACGUGGUUGUGAGCGGGAACCUGAUGUACAAUAGCUUUCCCACUCUCCCCAUCUCACAGAAGGCCUGGGCCAUAGUGGCCACCGCCGCCCUGCUACCCUGCGCCUUCCUCAAGAACCUCAAGUCCGUGUCAAAGUUCAGCUUGCUGUGCACUAUCGCGCACUUCGUAAUCAACAUCCUGGUAAUUGCCUACUGCCUCUCCAGAGCGCGCGAUUGGGCCUGGGAUAAAGUCAAAUUCUACAUCGAUGUAAAGAAGUUCCCCAUUUCUAUUGGAAUCAUCGUGUUCAGUUACACCUCUCAGAUUUUCCUUCCGUCGCUCGAGGGGAACAUGCAGAAGCCCAGCGAGUUCCACUGCAUGAUGAACUGGACCCACAUUGCCGCGUGCGUCCUCAAAGGCCUGUUCGCCCUCGUGGCCUACCUGACCUGGGCGGAUGCCACCAAGGAGGUCAUCACAGACAACCUGCCGUCAACCAUCAGGGCUGUCGUAAACCUAUUCUUAGUUUCCAAAGCCUUACUGUCAUACCCAUUGCCAUUCUUCGCUGCAGUCGAGGUUUUGGAGAAAUCAUUUUUUAAUGAACAAGAACGCACGUGGUUCCCAAAUUGCUACGGGGGCGAUGGACGCCUGAAAGCUUGGGGCCUCACUCUCAGAUGCAGCCUUGUGGUGUUCACGUUGCUCAUGGCCAUUUAUGUACCGCAUUUUGCCCUUCUCAUGGGUCUGACCGGCAGCCUGACGGGGGCAGGGCUGUGCUUUCUGCUUCCCAGCCUCUUCCACCUCAAGCUGCUAUGGAGAAAGCUUCUAUGGCACCACGUAUUCUUUGAUGUCGCCAUAUUUGUAAUAGGAGGUAUAUGCGCUAUCUCCGGUUUCAUCCACUCAAUGGAGGGACUCAUAGAAGCUUACAAAUAUGGCAUAGAAGAUUAGCCAAGCCACUGUCUGCUGGAUAUAGAUGUUACCACACAUCCAUCUUAAAGUGAAUAACUGAAAUCCCCACUGAGCGCAGUCAGCCCAUGCUUACAGAAUUCAUGCGAAAUAAAUGCUCGCACAGAAUGCAGUUCACGCACACAUUUGCGCGUGCUCAUUACACCCUUGCAUUGAUACACACGCGCGCGGAGAGAAAGACACAAACAUCACAAAACAUGACACACGAUAUGGACAAUUCAACUUGUAAUGUAAUGUAUAAAUAUCACUAAAUGCAUAUCCAUAUUUUUCAGUGGAGUGAAGGUUUACAAUAGCUCAAUCGACCUAAACAAAAUGGCUAAAUGAGCAAUGUGUCUUUUCAUCUCUGUGGAGGUUUAUUGCCACCUUGAGAGCCAUUUCAUUUCACAUUCAAGCCUGCAUUCUUAGAAAACAAGGUUAUGGAUAGAACCAAAAAGGGUUCUAUGCUUGCUUCAUGUAUGGCACAACUUAAGGUGCUAUAUAGAACCGGCGUUGGUUCCAUAUAGAACGCUAUAUGGAACCCAACGGUUCUAUAUGGAACCACUGUUGGUUCAGUAGAGAAGAACCCUACAAAAGGGUUCUAUAUAGAAUCUUUAGGGGUGCCAUAUAUGAAGCAAGCAAUAGAAACCUUUUUGGUUCUAUCCAGAACCUUUUAUUCUAAGAGUGCGUGUGGUUUUGGACUUUGACAGUUUCACGGCAUAAUGUGACUAAAUGGUAUAAACGAAGCUGUGCGUUUUGAUAUGAUGCCAUUUUCUUCUUCUAAAUUAUUUGCAAUGUUUCAAAUGGGCAAUGAAUGUGAUUAUUAAUUAACACAUUGGCAUAUUGGAAUGUGGACCUAUUAUGAUGACAACUAACAUAAUGGCAAUAAAGUAUAUCAGCAAGACAAAAUAAAUAGAAUACAUAUCAUGGAUGAUGCCCAUAUAAUUUGUUACUGAAUACUAGGAAUAUCCCAAAUAUAUUUAUUGAGAAGUAAUUAUUCUCUCCAAGCGCUAUAAUUGAAAUAGUAUGAUUAUAGUAGUCUAAUUACAUACACAGCUACUUUAACUAUGCAUUGAAUGUAUGAUAUUCAGACAGAUAAGAAAAUAAUUCUGGAAUUGGGAGGUGGAAAAGAAAACGGUUAUAACCAGAGUAAGGAAAGACGUGUUUUGGAUAUUUGAAUGAAUAACCAUUAGCCUACAACAUAUCGUUAGGCCUACACAUACCUAUCGCACAAGUUAUGAAAUUGUGAGAAAAAAAAACGGCAAAUGCCCGUGAAGUAAAAGGCUAUGUCGUUAGCGUUCGGAGAACGGCGUUUUAGAACCAGAAGUCUCAAAGUAAUUUGACCCAUAUUCACCCCAGACAGAGGAAAAUGCUGUCCCGUCGUUAAGAACCCCCAACCCCCAUGGAAUUCUGUCACACUCAAUUCGAAUUUAUCCCCUGUUUCACAUUAUGCAUUUCAAUUGUAAACUAUUCCUGCGAGAUGAAUUUGAAUAAUUCGAGGUCCGGAAUCAAGUGUCUGAAUGUAGAAGACAUCAUACAAAGAAGAACAUGUGCAUAAAUACAUUUUUCAUUCUGUGCAAUCCAACGGGUCAUGUGGAAAUGUUAUAAAACCGUAUGUGUAGUGUUAUUGUGGUUUCAAAAAGAUGGAAUGUAGCCUAUAUCUCAUAAAUCGUUAUCAUAUAUCGUGAAAAUGAAUAUUAAAGAAAUAAGUGAAAUUAUAUUGUAUAAAUGUGUGUGGUUUUAUGUGAUGAAAACGAAAACCGUGAGAAACAUGUAUUUUUUCUCUAUAAAUAGAAUAAAAUAUGGAAAAAAUA